AUGUCGUUGUCCAUUCAACGGCUUCGGCAAGAUUUGUUUGACAUUUUCAAUGAGUACUUAGUUAUAAAUAGUUUUUCUGUGGUAAUUUCAAAACCAAUAACCGUUGCUACUUUGUGCCAACGCUGGUUGUUGUCUACUGCUUUACGUAGUAAAAACAAUUAUUUGAAUCUGUCUCAGUGUAUUGAAAUCAAAAUGGCGUUACCUUUGGAACGCAUCUAUAUUGGUAUGUUAGGUGUUGGGACUGUUGGUAAAAGUGCAUUAACAUUGCAAUUUAUGUACGACGAAUUUGUUGAUGAAUAUGAACCAACAAAAUCAGAUUCUUAUCUGAAAAAAGUUUCUUUAAGAGGAUAUGACGUAGAAGUUUCAGUUCUUGACACAGCCGGUCAAGAAUCAUAUGCCGGUAUAACAGAAACAGCUUAUCGUACUUGUGAUGGAUUCAUUAUUGUAUUUUCAAUAACUGACUUAGCUUCAUUUUGCGCUGUUAAUGACUUUAUGGAAAAAAUUGCUCUUCUUCGAGAAUUAGGACAUGUUCCAAUUAUACUUGUUGGCAAUAAAGUAGAUUUAGCGAAUCAAAGAAAUGUGUCACAGAGAGAAGCUUUCGAAUAUGCUGCAAGGAAGAAUAUAGAAUAUAUUGAAACUUCAGCUAAGACAAAUCACAAUGUUCAACAGGGAAUUACUUUUUUAAAAAUAAGAAAUUCAUGUUUUUUUCAAAACAUGUUUAAAAUAUCAUAUAUUCAGGGUGGUUGAGUUUUUUUUUCAUGAGAAUAGGAUGGUUAUUGGUCUUAUUUGUAAGAGGUUGCAUUUCCUCGUUGUUAAUCUUAAGUAGGUGCAUUUGAUCAGUCUCUGGUAGUCUAUAUAUGCAUCCUGAACGUAUUAUUAGAUAUCUCUAUUUAGUUAUAAGUUUUCAGUAAAUUUCGAUAAGCUGCUAAUAGUGAAUGUAUUACAGUCCUUAACGCCAACAACAUGUAAUGAAAAACCCUAAUAAAUAAAAUUUACACUCAUUGCAUAGACUAGUGAAUAUGUGAACUCACUAUAUCCCGGUAGAUAAUGUGUUGGAGUUUAAAAAUUAUGGCAGCGAGUUCGAAUCACAGUAUGAACAUUAAUUAUGGUAUAUAAUUAUUCUUUACUAAUGAGUUUUGAAUGGGACAAAAUACCCAUCGCUAUUCAACUUGCAUAACAAAGUACAGUGAACGGUAAUAAAAAUCGACUAUGGUUUCCAAUGACUACUUAGUACGUUUUAAUACCUUUUUCUUAAAACAGUAUUACUAUGCAAUCAUACAACAAAAUAAAUAGUUUUUUUUCUAAUGAACACUUAAUUAGGAUUAAAAGUAGACUAUUUUAAUGGUAGUUGAAUUUAUUUAAAAAAUUAGUGAAAGUGAUUUUGUUCAAAAUAAUUAUUAUAAAUUAGUCAAUGAAGUUAGUUAACUAAAUGGUUAUGAAAAUCUAAAAUCAACGACACUUUAUCUUGUUUACAUAUGUACAGUAGGAUCAUGAAUAGUGCUACAUGAAAUACUUGAAUUAGAAUAAAUAUUCAGAUACUUCAGACGUAUUGCAAAUAAUUUAAAUUUAUGAAAACUGAUCAAUCUUAUCAUCAUGACGAGUUUCGUUAACCAAUAACUAGCUCAUCGAAGUUGAUGUGACACAGCAGUACUGAAUAAUUGUGGGCAAAACAUUAACAAAUUGACAAUUUCUUUCAGUACGCCUACUAUUAUUAAGUAGGAUUAUCAUGUACUUGAAAUAAAACUCAACUUCCUCCGUAUACUGGAGUAGCGCUAGUUUGCUUUGAACUAAUAAUGAACGGUUUUACUGAGUAUAGUAUUGUCCAAUCUGUACUAAAUACCAAGUCAACAACUUCUCUACCAUGCUUUUACAUAACUUGAAUCAAGAACAUCUAAUUCACCUGGCCAGUAUGUGUAUGAAUCAAUAAUCAACUAAGUACAUAGGAUAGGGAAACGUAUAUGACACAUCAAAUACCCGUUUAAAUAUUUACCAGUCUAUCUGGAACAAUAGUCAUUAUCAUUUUUUACCUACUCAAUUAGUAACCACUUAACUAACACAAACAGUCACAAUUCUCCUCAAUAUAUAAUGACGCUAUUUAUAAACAUUUAUGAUUAUUCUAUUUUAAUUAAAUAUAGGUAUUUUAUAAGAUGGCCAAAGCGGUAGUUGAUAUGAAACAUGCAAAUACUCAACCUCAAAUACAACAGAAUAAAUCACGUGAUGACGGUUGUUGUUGUAUUUUAUAAAUGUUGAAACUUUAACUAAAAACCAAAAAAAAUAGUUUCCAAAAAUCUAAAGAAAAUAUCUAUAUCAUUUAAUGAACAAAUUUUUUUAAAAAAAAACAGUAAACUGGGAAUGUGCACAUGGAAACAUUGUUUAUUUAUGUUUAGAAGACUAGAAAGUCUUUGUUUUUUCUAUCAUGCACUAUAACACCUUUUAUUCUUUUUUUGUUUAACCCAUCUCUCUCUCUCUCUCUCGAUUUUUGUACACUUCAAAAAUAUUUAUUCAUUCUGAUGAUGAAUUACUUUCAUUUUAAAUGGAUCCUCUUUUUUGUUUUCCUGGUGUCUUCUUUUUUUGUUAAGAAUUUCUCAGUCGCCUCUAUCAUCUUGUUAUAUCAGCUAUCUUCAAAAACUAAACAAAGCAUAAACAUUACUAUUGUAAUAGCCUAUCACAUAAAGUAAUUCAAGUUGUUUUUAUUUAUAAUUAAAUAGACAUUUUUCAUGUUUCACUUAAGCUUAUUUCAUUUCCUGUUGAAAUCUGUAUGUAUAUUUGAAUUUAAAAUUGUACUACUUAUAUUAAUAAUUCAAAGUAGUACAAACAAGACGUUAUGUAUUAUUAUUAUUAUCAUUACCUAAUCAUGUAUGUAAUAUUAAAGUUUGUUGUUUCUUCUCUUUUGUUUUGUCUUUAUUUAUUCCUUUUAAUGAAAAUCAAAAUUUAAUUCAAUUUGUUGUUUUAUUAAAACAUGAACAAACUUCUUUUUUUUCAGUUCAAUUUUUAAAUGAAGGUUGUUUGUUUUUUUUAAUCCAAACUAAUUAAUUAAUUAUAAAUCAUUCUCACGUAAUACACAAUACAACGUACCGUAUUCUUUUCUUUCUUUUUUCUAUAAAAAAAAGAAAAUAUUGUUGAUCAUGUUUAUUUUCAAACGGUGUUGUUUUGAAGGUGCUUUCGCUUUUUAUAAUUUAACAUUUACCUCGUUUCAUAUUCUAUUAAGUUAGCUAAUUGAUUAUACUUUUGAAGUUAACUGCAUUUUCAUUAUCAUUAUCAGUAUGUAUUUUGUAUGUGUAUUUUUUGAAUGAAAUUUAUUUGUUUCUAUAAGAGAAAAAAUUAAUGAAAUUGCAUAAUAAUAAUAAUAAUUAAUGGACUGAUUGGUUUAAAUAUAUUUUACAUUAACAGACUAACUAUUGCUAACCAAAUAAACUAAUUAUUAAAGUGUUGAAAUUUAGAAAAAAAAAACCUGUUUCGUUUAACUUUAGUAUAAUUCAGAUUCCAUUUAGUAGUUACCAGAUAAGAUUAAGUAUUCAAAUUUAAAUCGCUAUUUGAUAAGCAUAUCAUCAUUUAAAUCAUUUUAACGAUACAUGAGUCAGUUUACAUUUCAAUCUAUCAUUUCU